CGCGCGGACUUGCAAUCUUUGACUGACAACAGUCCUCACCAACCACUGCGAAAGGUUUCACUCAACAUCCGUUUUCAACUCCUCACAUUUGAACUUCCACUACAACCGAGACUAUUUUUGAAACUGCACCCUAUUGCACCUGUGAGGUAGGAGUAAGCCAUGGCUUUGCCAGAUAGUGGCAUGUCUGGGGAGGAGGCACCCUUCCCAGAGAUUGUAGAACUCAAUGUGGGCGGCCAGGUGUACAUAACCCGAUAUUCUACCCUCACAAGUGUGCCGGACUCCUUGCUAUGGGAGAUGUUCAGUCGAAAGUCAGCCAAAGGACUGGCCAGGGACACCAAGGGUCGCUUCUUUGUGGACCGUGAUGGUUUCCUGUUCCGUUACAUCCUGGACUACAUGCGAGACCAGCAGCUGGUUCUACCAGACCACUUCCCUGAGCGCGGGCGUCUGCAGAGAGAGGCUGAGUUCUUCAACCUGCCAGAGCUAGUCAAACUGCUGGUGCCCAAGAUCAGCAAGCAGAACUCGCUUGGCGACGAGGGAUGUCAGAGCGACCCGGAGGACUCCUCACCUGGGAUUGACAUUGCCCCUAACCUCAGCUCCCUGGGUGCUGCCGCUGCUGCCUGUGCCAGCCUGGUGCCCGGUACCACGGAUGGCAAACGCUCUGGGUUCAUCACCAUUGGCUACCGAGGCUCAUACACCCUGGGCCGUGACAGCCACACCGAUGCCAAAUUCCGGCGGGUGGCACGGAUCAUGGUGUGUGGGAAGACCUCUCUGGCCAAAGAGGUGUUUGGAGAGACGCUGAACGAGAGCCGUGACCCCGACCGCCCCCCUGAGCGCUACACAUCCCGCUACUAUCUGAAGUUCACCUUUCUGGAGCAGGCUUUUGACAAGCUGGCUGAUGCAGGCUUCCACAUGGUGGCCUGUAAUUCCACAGGAACCUGCGCCUUUGCCCAUGAGCAGACGGACGACAAGAUAUGGACCAGCUACACUGAAUAUGUGUUCUACCGUGGUUCAUCAGUGAUUUCCAAGGCAACGACCUCUGAGUCCCCAGCACUCAGUGAAGUAGUGACCUCUUACCCAGAGUCCAGCAGCACUGGCCCAGAAGCUAGCAGCAUCAAAACACUGGGCACACAAAAACCGUUGCCCCUGGACUGUCUUUCUCCUCUUACACCUCCACUUCCUCCUCCACCUAACCUUACUACAAAAAGCCCCAACCUCCCAAAUCUGUCACCUCCAGUCCUGCCGCCACCUCUGCCAUCAUCCAAGCCUUUUUCUACCUCCAGUCCUUCUCCUCCCCCCUCAACACCGCCUCAUGCUAACAGCCCCCAGCGUCCGACCGAUCUCAACCUGAAGACGCUGCCACGGCCCACCAUUAGGGAGAACGGUAGACCCCCGCUGGGGUUGGACGAGGAAGAGGAGGAAAAGAAGAUGCUGGAGGAGGAUCUGAAGAAAUGCAUUGACGACUUUAAAAAGAUCCGCUUGCCCAGAGAGUUCCCAGAUCGCAAGAGGCACUGGCAAAGUGAUUUGCUUAAGAAGUACAAUGCAUAGAGCUUUUUGAUGCAGCGCCAUGGUGAAAAAACUUCACAAGGAUUUCAUGAGAAUGUACUAAACAAUGGACUCCUGGUUCAUAUUUCGUUGCUUUGAGUCAGCUGGUUUACUUAAACCUCUUAUGUAGUAGCUUUUGCAUGUCAAUGGAACUAAAUUAUUUGAUAAAGUGUAGUGUUUAGGCUGAGUUUGUCUAGCAAUCACACAUACAUGAUUAAAACAUUGAGAUUUGUCUUUUUCCACAACAGAAAACAACAUCACUAAAGAGAUUGUUAGUGACACAUAGUUGUUCCACACAGCAAUUUGGGGACAUUUCUCAGUCAAAGGAUAAUACAUGUAACGUCCUUAAUUAGAGAGUUCUGCCAUACUCUCUGUACUGUGUUCACUGAAAAAGCCACUGGAAAUGUAAGCUAUGUGUGAAGGUUAGGCAUUUAACCUUGCUGAUGCAAAAUAAAAGAAAGACGUGAAAUCUCUGGUGCCAAUCAUCUACAAAAUCUCACCUCAUCAAUAUUAAACUAUACGACUUCAAA